AUGAAGACUUGUUCGAUCUGUGGAUACGCGUUGAGAGAUGAAGAAGGAAGGCAUACGUCCAGAUCGAAGACCUCGAACAUGAUUCUAUUGAUGUCACUUUCAUUGGCCGGUCAGAAGGACAGUGAAAGUGCACGCCCUUUGGCGGAGUCCAUCACAAAACCCAACCGAAAAGUUUGUCAUACUCACGUAAUUCGUGCGGUGAACGUGGUCAGUCAUGAUGUUGCUGAAGAUGCAGCGAAAGCACCCAUCAUUGGAGAAGUGGAUGGUGAAGGAAGUGAUUUGAAGAGUGCAAAAGAGGCAGAGCGGUCCCUUGACACAUCUGAAGAUGAGUCGAAGUGCUCUUCGACAAGUUCGUCCUUUUUCAAACCCUUACUGCGGACGACGAAACCUGAGACACUCGAUCGAUAUUUCCUUGUGAAGGGGUUUCAACUUAUGCAACUAUUUCAAUUUUGUCCUCAAUGUGGACAUCGAUUGAGCGAGACGGAAUUGGUGGGAAAGGGGACUGCUGCGAUCGUGAAAUAUGUUUGCAAAGGAUGUAACUUUGGUGCCCAAUGUGUCAAACAAUGGGAGAGCCAAGAAUUACAAUCACCCACCUAA